AUGGAAAAUGCUCAAUGGCCUCAGGAGAUAGUGAAUGCACCAAUAGUGGAUCAAAGGAAGAUUAUUAUAAGGGGUCAACAGCAGCACCACCAUAAAGAGGCCGUGAUCAGCUGCCCCCGGUGCAGCUCCACCAACACCAAGUUUUGCUACUACAACAACUACAGCCUGUCGCAGCCCCGACACUUUUGCAAGUCGUGCCGGAGGUACUGGACCCAAGGCGGAUCCCUCCGGAACAUUCCGGUUGGCGGAGGCUCCCGAAAGAACAUUCACAAAAAGUCCUCAAACAACUACAACAAAAACAACAACAAUAACAAUAAUAAUAAUAAUUUGUCGAUGCAAAACCCUAGAAGCCGAGAACAUCAUCUUGGUGACUUCAGGGCCAUAGAUGAGCUGAUUCGGGUCCCGAACUACGAAGCCUGCGGCGGCUUGGGGCUGAAUAUUGCAAACGCCACUCCAGGCGAUGCUUCGUCGUCAGGGUUUGGAAAUAGCAAUUACGGGAGUUUCCAGGUGCUGCGAAAUGGCGAUUCGGCCGGGGAUUUCAGCUGGACUAGUGCUACUACUGGAGUUAUGGGUGGAGGAUCAUAUUGGUAA